UGGUACACGACGAAUAUGUUAUUUUUAGCUUCCGAGAAACGAUAAGAUUUUACUACUACAUUCAACCGUAUAAUACAAUACAAACUACAAUAAUUAACUGUGAUAAUAGUGUAGACAUUUAGUAUACGGGGAACGUGUUCGUUUUGUGAAUCUUUCACGAUAACGAUUUACAGUUUACAGUUUACAGUAACUAUAAUAUUAUAUUAUCCUGACUUUUCUAACACACUCGAUGGUCGAUGCAUUGCGUUAUUUUAUUUUAUUUCCAUACAAUUUUACGAUCACCGGAUGGCAUCGUCGUUUUGGUACGUGUUCGACGUCAUCUCCCGUUUCGACCCUGUGGGUCUGAAACCCGUAUCGGCCCGGACUCUGGAGUGAACGCUAACAAAAUGAAUUAUAACGUCACCUCGGGGCCGCGACGGGCCCCCCAGUCGGAAAGUUGUCGUGCAGCAGACAACACGCUGUCGCGUAGGUAUCUUUUAUUAUGUACACCCGUACAAAACGAUAGAUAAAUAUUUUUUAAAUUCAUUACCGCAAUGUCAUUAUUAAAUUUAAUCUGUUCUGUGUAGUUAAUUAUAUUAUUAUUGUACACGGCGAGAAGGGCGUUUGCGCGUGCGUGUCCGUCGCCCGGUUUUUCGUAAUUAGGCGGUCUCGCGCGAUUCGCCUCGACUCCCGUCCGGGCCGUCUAUCCGAUCUCCACCGUCUCCGCCGCUGAGGCCCAGUCUGCGACCGACGCUCGACGCGCAUCGUGGGCGCGUUCGCACUCGGAAACGCCGUUGUCGUGGUCCGGUACCCGCGAUAGCCGCUUGACGCGGUCCGCCGAACCCAUCUCGGCCGGCCAAGGCUCUCUACAGUGACCGUCAUGACCACCACUUACCUGGACCUCGGGCCGUUGUUCUUUUCACUGCACACCGAGAAGUUGGCCGAAGUGCUGUACAGAAGGACCGACAAGUCCCAGUCGACCAUCAGCAUGUUGUGCAGCCGCUUCGUAGCCAACGUCAGUGAUUCCGAUUUCUCAAAUUAUGAAAAUUUAGAAUAUUAUGAAAAAAAUAGUGAUGAUGAAUUUGAUUUACACUCAGAUAAAUCUAAAUUAGGCACUACUAUUUAUGAAAAUGAGUCAUUUAAUUUUAAAAUGAAACUAUAUGAUAAAGAAGUACACAAAAUUAAUGCUGCUCUCAAAAAUAUAGGUUUGGUAGUGUGUAAUUCUAAUUCUAGACAAUAUUAUAUGGAGCCAUUACAGAUAUAUUAUCAUAAGAAUAAUAUUGUCAGUUACACUCCAAAUAGAAAUUGUUAUUCGCCAAAAUCAGAUAAAUCAUUAGAUAGUUCGCAUAAAUAUUAUUGUGAAGAAAGUGAUAAGAAGUCAGUUUCUUCUAAAUUUUCUCUGGAGAAGAAAUUUCUCAUUAAUGUUGAUGAGAAUAGAAAUAAUUAUCAAGACCAACCAAUAACUCCAAAAAGUACUGGACAUAUUCAUAGAGAAAAAAAAUAUUCUCUUAGGCUUAGUAAUCGGAGAAGGUUUUCCAAUAAAUACUGGACAAUGAGGCAUAUGUUAUUUUCAAAAUUUGAACAUGGUAUUCUACUGGAUGAUGAAAGCUUCUAUUCUGUAUGUCCAGAAAUAUUAAGUUACCAUAUAGCAAAACGUUGUCAAAAUGACAUUGCCUUGGACCCUUUUUGUGGUGCUGGUGGGAAUAUAAUUCAAUUAGCAUUUACGAGCAAAUUAGUUAUAGCAGUUGAUAUAGAUCCGUAUAAAAUAAAACUAGCACAAAAUAAUGCUAAAAUAUAUGGCGUAGCUGAUAAAAUUGAAUUUAUUGUUGGCAAUUUUUUUGAAAUGUCUUCAAUGUUAAGAGCUGAUGUUGUAUGUAUGUCACCUCCUUGGGGUGGUCCAGAAUAUUUGAUUGAUAAUAGCUUUAGUAUUACGUCCAUGUGCAAGAAUUAUGAAUUUGGUGGUUUUACUAUCUUUGAUAUUGUUAAAAAUAUCGCACCAAAUAUUGCAUUUCAUAUGCCUAAAACCACUAAUAUAUUUGAAUGUUUAUGGUUAGCAAGAUUUUUAGGGAGAGUAGAAGUACAACAGAAUAUUAUCAACCAAAAGAUAAAUUCAAUUACAGCAUUUUAUGGAGACUUUAUUGAUAUAACAAACAACGACUAUUAAAAUAAUAUAUAUAACUAAUUUGAAUAAAAAUAAGUUUUAAAAUAUA